AUGUAUCAACGAGUUUACAAAUAUUUAAAGCUGUUUGACUCAAAAAAGUUUCAAGAACUUGAAAAUUUUCAGUACAUUGGCACCCUUGAGGAUACUGACAAACAAUGUCUAGAAACUAUAAUAAAGCAUUGUGGUACACCAAAUCCAACAUGGAAAGAAAUACGCCAUUUUGUUUGGUUUUUGAACAAUCAGCUCAGUGCUUGUGAACAAUCAAAUGUAAUCAGAACUGUUAAAGGACUUAAAGAAUUCACAGUCAAGUUUAUGAUUGAUAUGUCACGUGACUUUGCAACAUCAUCGAUGCCUACUGGAGAAGGAAAUGAAGACAUAAUUAAACAACACAAUCCCAGACAAAAUUGGGAACACAACCUUCAUCCUUACUUAUUCUUUAACAAAAGCAGAAAGUCAGUCACACAUGUGGGACUGGCACUAAAUGGAUCAGAAGUUGUCAAUGAAAAAUCACACUAUCAAUGCAAAUUUUCUAUGAAAAUAUCUCCAGAAGUUGAAAGAUUUUUGUCAGUGAAAGUAAAUGUUCCACAAAUUUUUCAGCAAAAAAUAGGGAAUGUGUCUGAGAGGAGUAGUAAUGAAGGUUAUAUGCUACUAAAGCGUUUAGUGAAUUUUAUGAACAUUCCAAUUGAAGAUGGGAUGGAAAUUAUUUCUCCAGACGAGAACUAUGUUCUCACACAAGAUAACCUUACCAAGAUCAUGGGUAUUCAAACUCGAUUUAGGUGCCAGAUUCCAGUUGUAUUAAUGGGAGAAACAGGUUGUGGUAAGACUCAUCUCAUUCGCUUUAUGUGUAAAGUUGCUGCAUAUCGAAAAAAUAUUAAGAAUAACAUGUUUAUAAUGAAGAUUCAUGGAGGUACAACAGAAGAAGAUGUCAUAAAAUGUUUAGAAAAGGCUGAGUUUGAAGCAUUAAAAACAAAUAGAACGAAAAAAGUUGAUACUGUAGUAUUCUUUGAUGAAGCUAACACUAGUGAUGUUAUCAGUUUAAUUAAAGAGAUCAUGUGUGAUGGAAAAUGCAGAGGCAAGCCAGUGCCACCUUUUCUUAAGUUCGUAGCAGCUUGCAAUCCUUAUAGAUGCCAUUCAGAAGCAAUGAUAAAACAAUUAAAAGGUGCUGGUCUUGGAUGGAAAGACAAAGAGCCUUCAAAAGCCACUGAAAAAUUGGGAGAAAUACCAUUAAGAGACUUGGUUUAUAGAGUACUACAAAUUCCUGAUAGUUUAAAAGCCCUCGUUUAUGAUUUUGGAAAAUUAGAUAGCAACACUGAAAGAGACUAUAUUUAUCAAAUUGUUUAUAGCAGACUCAGAAAAGAAAUAAAUGGAAGGGAAAUACCUGCCAUUGCUACUGUUCUUGCAGAAUGUCAAAAAUAUUUAAAAGAAAAUGAGGAUGAAUGUAGUUUUGUUAGCCUUCGUGAUGUAGAGCGUGCAAUGAUAUUCUUUAAGUUUUUUCACAAUGAGUUUAUUGUUUUAUUUCCUGUCCAGAAAAAUGAAUCACGAAUAACUGAGUCUUUAUUAUUGGCACUUACUGUGUCAUACUUUGCUAGACUUGACUCACAAGAUGUUGAUGGCACUAAUGCUAGAACAAAGUUUGAAGAUCAUAUUUGUAAAGUUAUAUCUAGAUCAAAUGAGUUAAAGAGAUUUUCAGCGUAUGACUUUAGAUUAAUGCUGUCUCAGUAUCAGAAUAAGUUACUUGAUUGUAUGUCUAUUGAAGAAAAUAUAGCAAGGAAUGCAGCAUUAAAAGAAAACUUGUUUAUGAUGUUUGUGUGCAUUCAGUUACGUAUUCCACUGUUUCUAGUUGGGAAACCUGGUAGCUCAAAAUCACUAGCAAAAACCAUAAUUCAAAUUUCAAUGAGAGGACAAAAUUCUAAGAAUGAAAAACUGAAACAAUUUAAUCAUGUUCAUCUUCACUCCUAUCAGUGCAGUGAAUUAUCAACUGCUGACAGCAUCAGGGAUGUAUUUGAUGCUGCCGUAAAAUAUCAAAAAAAGAGAAGGGAAAAAGACAGAUCCUUUGUGUCAGUUGUGGUAUUGGAUGAGGUUGGGUUGGCUGAAGCAUCUCCUUUUUUACCAUUAAAGUCUUUGCACCCACUUUUAGAGGAUGGAACAGAAGGAACUGGUAGUACUGAUGAGCGUGUAAAUAGAGAAGAUCGUGUAGCAUUCAUUGGCAUAUCCAACUGGGCAUUGGAUCCAGCUAAAAUGAAUAGAGGCAUUUUAGUCAGGAGAAGUGAGCCAACUAUCAAAGAUCUUACGGACAGUGCAAAGUUUGUAUGA